GAACCCUGUCCGACUCCGUGGGCGCCUGCCUCUCUGUUUUGUGAGUAACCCCCGUUUUUCUGAGACUCCUUUGCCGCCGCCGCCGCCAGUCUCGCGCUCCGGCGAAGGGUGUUUACCCAGGGGACCAUGGAGGAGUACGGAGGGGGAGAUCUUCUGAGCGAGAUGAUGGGAUCUGCGGCGCGGGUGGUGGUGGUAGAGGACUGCGUGGAGGCCCCGGGGGCCUUCGUCCUCCACCUCCUCCUCAAGCGCGCGCUCGCCGGCGGCGGGGCAGCUGCCUUCCUCGCCCUCGCGCAGCCCUUCACCCAUUACGACCGCAUCCUGCGCAAGAUGGGAUGUAACCUUUCCCUGCAUAGAAGGAAUGAGAGGCUUCAUUUCUUCGAAUUGCAAGCAUUCCCAGGUGGAGCUAGGGAUGGUGCCAUUGCUGAUUGCUUUGUUCGACUGUACAGUGAAAUUCAAAGAGUGGUGGAGGCAACGAGGACUGGAAAAAAUGCAGGCCCAUUCACCAUCAUGAUAGACGAUGUUUCACUUUUGGAAGUUGCAGCCCAUGGUUCCGUAGACAAUGUGCUGGACUUCUUGUAUUAUUGUGUGACACUUACAUCUGAGAUGAAUUGCUCCCUGGUGAUCCUCAUCCACGAGGAUAUAUAUGCAGUUGAGGAAAACAUGGGUCUCCUUUUACAUCUGCGCCACAUUGCAGAUCGUGUGGUUAAAGCAGCACCUUUGAGCACAGGUUUGGCUGCUGAUGUUCAUGGACAGCUUUCUGUGGUCAACAAGGGUACGUUCAACGAGCAAAGGGCAAAAGCGCAGAAAGUAUGGAGCUUCCAUUUCAAAGUGAAGGAGAAUGGUACCGACUUCUUCUAUCCAGGGAGCAGACACUGACACUAGGGAGUACUACUUUGUAAUUGUAAUACUGGCUACUUUGUAACUGUAAUGCCGUCUGAGAUGAGAUGACUUCUGUGUGAUAUCUGGCGAUGUUAUGCUUUGUAUGCUGCUAAUUCAGGUGGCACUAUGCUUUGUAUGCUGCUAAUUCAGGUGGCACUAUGCUUUGUAUGCUGCUAAUUCAGGUGGCACUAUGAGUAAAGAUUCGUUGAAUGCUUUCUUCACAAACAAGCAUUCGCCACAGCCAAGUCCAUCGAACUUCAACUAGCAUAAGAGACCAUUUUUUAUAGGAAACAGGAAGGGCAAGCCCCUACUUAUUUUACAUUUACAUACGAGAGAAGAGAUUGCAGAAAAAAA